AUGAGCAGCUAUUUAAGAGAAGUGCAAAAGAUAGUAGAUGAGUUUGAAAGUGAGGACAGAAAGAAGCUUGUGAAGUACUAUGUUCAGACAGCAAAAAGUGUUCUUCUCGACGAAAGAGAGGUCAAGAGAUCUAAGUUUGACCUUCUGAACGACUUGCACACCAUAAAUGCAGAUGGAAUCAAUGAUGUGAUUGACGAUGUUUUAGGGCACAAGAUACUUCAGGUGAGGGCCUUGAUACUCGAUCUGGUAGAUGAUGACUACACAGGCGAUCGUAAAGCUGUUGGGAAACCUGAAAAGUGGAUUAGGCAAAUAGUAAAGGAUGCAGAGGAGACAUUUGAUCUUGAUUCUGAGUUUGGAAAGCAACUGUUUUCUAUCUACAAUGCAAAAUUGCUCGAAGAGUUUUGUAAAAUCUUCACCUCAAAGAAUCGCAGAUUUGGGGCAGGCGGGAACCAACUACUACUCAACUUCUAUUAUUACGAAAGAUUUGUGACAAGCAAGAUCGAGUUUGAUUUCCAAAGAUUCUAUGACAGGAUGGUCUCUUUUUUCAAGGAUCAUUGCCACAGACCUAGAAAGGAGUUGGAGAAGAUCCUCGAUGGAAAGUAA